AUGGGGGGCAACCACGGACAUAGUAGUUUCCCGGAUACUGCUAUCCCAAACGAGGGUUUACCAGGAAACCAUGUUCCAUCCACUGACUCGGACGCAACAGAUUCAUGUCCACCUAACGAAGAUAACCCAUGGAGUUGUAUGGAAACUAUACAGUUAGCACAAGCUGAGACUCCUUCUCCCCUUGCAUACUCUUCCGACCCCGGGAAUGCAAACCUGACCCCCGACCACACUAAUUGGAUUCACUGGAUUGACCGCCACAAGCACCUAUUGCGGGAGUGCACGGGGAAACCGUGGUUUUUGCAAUUGAAAUCGGAUUGGAAACAAUACCUGCGUCAGCACAUGGCGGCAAACGAAGACAACGUAGUAUCCGGGCAGCGUGAGUUCGGUGAAGUGGCAACCCUGCACAUGAGCAAACUGCGGUUGUGGAAACAAUGGGUCGCACAGCAACAUCAGCAAAUGCGUAUGUAUACGGAGCAGUGGUUUCAACAUUUGUUGCAUAGUGUAGAGGACGACACAGUACCGGCAAAUGGCGAAGUACCUGUAGUGCGAAAGGACUUAGAAGUGGAACAAGUAAUGGGACAAGAAGAUGUUCUAAGAGUGAGAGAUGUACCACGGACGCAGCCACUGCAUCAGCCACCUCAUAUGAAACAACGCUUAACCGCUAAAAUAUGGAUACUCAUUCUAGCGUGCGUUAUAGAAGACUGCGCGCUCGAAUGUCGUUUGCACGAUAGGGAGUUAUAUGUAGAUGACAUAUUGCAACAGUGUUCACAUUAG